AUUCGAUGUGUUUUGGACUUUUCUUUUCGAGUGAGCGUUGUUUUGUACUGCGGUGAUUAAAAAUUUUUCCUUAAAAGAUUUCCGCAAAAUCAGUAAUAUUUAUAAUUAUAAACGUUAAAGAGCGCAUAAUUAGAUACAUAAGUGUGUUAUGAAAGUUAUACUGCGUGAGAAAAUUUAGUACAGAAAAAUACAGGCUAUCGUAAGGAUUUGCAUAAAAAACAUAGGGAGAGAUACGUAUGCGUGUGACGAAUGGAAAAUAAUCGUAAAAGAGAAAAUCAGAGAAGAACGCAUAAAAGCUAUCGAAAAGAGAAGUAAACGACAAAGGGAAGAAUCGCCGUCGACAACGACGUCGACGACAGCAGGGAAGACAACGUUGCUGAGCGAAAUUAGAGCGAUAUAUUUACAAUGAAAAUUCGCAUAUAAAGAUUUAAAAAAGCAAACACUAUACUCAGCAUAUUUAAUAAAUAAGACGCAUAAUUGUUUUAGACACUCAUAAACAAAUGUAUAGUUGAUAACAAAAGAUGUUAAUGUUGAAGACACGGCAGCAGUGAAAAAAAAAAUUGCUAAGCACAGAAAAGGGAUUUUAUAGGUAUUCAUCUUCCGUGCACACGUACGCACAUGCGGUAAAUAAGCAGGUAAUAAAUAUGCGCUGUGCUUCAAGCAAUACACAAGAAAUCGUUUAAAAGGGUUUCUUUAUCAUACAUUUAUUCAUAAAUAUUAGUUGGACAUACCCUAAUAGAGUAACAAUAGAGUUAAAUAGCGAAAACCAAGCUAAUCAUUAAAUUCCAAGCAUACAAUUGAAAUAAUAUACGGACCCAAAACUACUGUCGUAUUAAGUACAAGGCUCCACUCUUAUACAACUUGAUCUUUGCUGAAGAAGAUUAUACUGUUCCAAAAUGUGGAAUUCAGACACACGUUCACAGAAUGGCUCUCCCAGCUAUGGUAGUUAUAAUUCCGGUAAUAGUAAUGGUAGAAAUGGCUCACCGCAUCAUCAAGCACAAUCACAACAACAACAACAACAGCAACAGCAGCAACAACCUGUUAAACAACUGGGCAUGACUUCAGCUAUCAGCUUGGCAGAGCCACGACCAGAAGAUUUGCAAAAAACAGAAGAAUUACGCAAAGCAUUAGAACCGUUUAAAGUGUUUGAGACCCAAGAUGAGCUGAAUCAUCGUAUGGAGAUUUUAGCCAAACUCAAUACAUUGGUCAAGCAAUGGGUUAAAGAUGUCUCGAUGGCAAAGAAUAUGCCUGAAGCGGCAGCCGAAAAAUUGGGUGGCAAAAUAUAUACAUUCGGUUCAUAUCGUUUAGGUGUGCAUCAUAAAGGUGCCGAUAUUGAUGCGUUAUGUGUUGCACCUCGCAACAUAGAACGCACUGAUUACUUUACAUCGUUUUUUGAAUUGUUGAAAAAACAAUCGGAGGUGACAGAGUGUCGCUCUGUGGAGGAGGCUUUUGUACCGGUCAUUAAGAUGAAUUUCGAUGGUAUCGAAAUUGAUUUAUUAUUUGCGCGCUUAUCACUUAAAGAGAUACCAGACGAUUUCGAUUUACGUGAUGAUAAUUUACUGAAGAAUUUGGAUCCACGUUCGGUGCGCAGUCUAAAUGGCUGUCGUGUUACGGAUGAGAUAUUGGCAUUGGUGCCAAACAUAGAAAAUUUCCGUUUGGCGUUGCGUUCAAUCAAGUUGUGGGCGAAAAAACAUGGCAUUUACUCUAACUCCUUGGGCUAUUUUGGCGGUGUGACGUGGGCUAUGCUUGUAGCGCGCACCUGCCAGCUAUAUCCCAAUGCAACAGCUUCAACGCUGGUGCAUAAAUUCUUCCUAGUUUUCUCACGCUGGAAGUGGCCAAACCCAGUGUUGCUCAAGCAUCCGGAUAAUGUAAAUUUGCGGUUUCCGGUCUGGGAUCCACGUGUAAAUGCUUCGGAUCGUUACCAUUUAAUGCCGAUUAUUACGCCGGCUUAUCCACAGCAGAAUUCUACGUUUAACGUUUCGGAGUCCACUAAGAAAGUUAUACUUAAUGAGUUUAAUCGUGGCAUGGUUACCACAGAUGAAAUAAUGAUUGGUCGUGCAACAUGGGAUCGCCUUUUCGAGGCACCCAGUUUUUUUUACAAAUAUCGCCACUUUAUCGUACUUUUAGUAACUUCACAAACUGGCGACGAUCAGUUGGAGUGGUGUGGCUUAGUCGAAUCGAAAAUUCGUUUAUUGGUUGGUAAUCUCGAACGUAAUCAACACAUCUCUUUAGCACAUGUAAAUCCAACAUGUUUUGAUUAUAAAAAAGGCGCUGCCAACACGCCAAACAAUAGUGGCAAUGAUGAUGAUAAAUCCGGCGCCAAUCCACCAGUUUGUUCAGCACCAUUUUGUUCGAUGUGGUUCAUUGGAUUAGAGUUUGAACGCACGGAAAACUUGAAUGUUGACCUCACAGAGAGCAUACAGAAUUUCACGGAACAUGUUAUACAACAUGGGGUCAAUAUAAAAAUGUUAAAAGAUGGCAUGAAUAUUGAAGCGCGACACGUGAAACGUAAAUCGCUUUCACAAUAUUUAGAUACUGAUUUUUUGAAGCGCGAGCGCAAAUCCAUGGAUCAGCAUAAUAGUUUUAGUAAUGCACUUUUAGCUAAUCGGAAACGUAUCUCUGGCGAAAUGCUAACGCAGAAAAAAGCGCGUCUAAGUGAAUCGCAAACGGAGGAAAACUCCAAUGCGUCCAGUGAUGCUGGUGGUACUACACCUACUUCACAGCCCACAACAGCGCCAAAUUUCACACCAGAUGCAAAGAGCAGCAAUAAUGGUGGUAACGGUAACGGUGGCGGAACGGCCUCUGGUUCAAAUUCACCACGCAGCAACAGUAAUGGCAGCAACAAUCAAAAUCCCAAUAGUAAUGGCAACAGUACGGCAACUGCAACUGCCGCAGCUACCGCGGAAGUGGCAUGUUCGUGACCGACGCUAACCACAACAACGAAUCCAA